AUGCACCUCAAUCGAGUAAUAGCUUGUGACAUAGGGGCCUCAUCUUGGUCAGACCACAAUCCAGUUACACUCACAAUUGCAGAUCACUACAACUAUAAAAACCGUGGCCCAUGUCAACUAAAUGAACAGCUUCUCAAUGAUCCCCACUUUGUCCACACACUGCAGCAGGACCUGCAUACAUACUUCCAAUCCAACAACACUACUGACAUCUCCCCCCUCACUCUCUGGAUGGCUCACAUACUGGUCAUUAGGGGAAUUCUAAUUAGGCGAGCCUCCCACCUCAAGAAACAGCAACACCAGGCACAUAUUCAAGACCUCCACAGAGCCAACCAAAUCACUCCCUCGAAAACCAUGCAAACCGCGAAAGCCGAAAAAUCAAUGCCACAAACUUUCAAAAAGCAAGUUACGCACUAA